UUGUACUGAUAACUAGAAAAAUAACAUAAUUCAAAGCCAAUACUAUUUAAUUCUUUCCCUUAUAACUCAAUUUCAACAAUAACCGAUAAACAAAAUAAUUUAGAAAACAAAUAAUUUAGUGUUUAAAAAUGCGUCGCAAAAAAGGCAUUUUUUAUAUGAAAUGAGGCAUCAUAAAUAAGAAUUUAUUCAUUUUGUUUUAGUUUAUUUGUAUUUUGCUAUGUACUAUGAUGAUGCUGAACAUUUUUUGAAUGUUUCAGUAUAUUCAGUCAUUCAGAAAUAUUUAUUUUUACAUAAAAUAACACAAAUUAAAAUUAUCUGUUACGUCGGGGUAGAAUGAGCAGCGUUUUGUGGGGUGUCAUCGCCAUGACAAAUUGCACCAUAACCUAUAAUGUUCAGUUUAUUUACAUUCGUACAAGCAAACGUGGCUCUAUAUUUUUGGAAGUUUUUCGCGAAAAUUAAGUAGAAAUAAUGGUUUGGUGCUACAAAAGUGUCGGUAAAAAGAAACAGUGGUCGUUAACGAAUCUUCGUGCGGCGGUAAACGCAGUUAAUCAGCAAGGAUUCUCGAAAAAUAGAGCCGCUAUUGAGUACGGUGUACCUCGCCAAACAUUGAAUCGAUACUUGCGAUGUCCGGAACACGAUGUGCGUGAAAAUACGAUGCCAACCGGUACAGUAUUUACCCGACAGCAAGAAGAGGACCUAAUGCAGUACUUACUGGACAUGGACAAACGCCUGUAUGGCCUCUCUCUUUGAGAUUUGAGGAGCGUUGCGUAUCAAUUGGCCGAGAAGAAUCACAUUAAGCAUCGGUUCAGUCGCAAAACACAGCUUGCAGGAUACGAUUGGGCUUGCGGAUUUCGCAAACGACAUCCUAAAUUGGCUUUACGAUCCCCGGAACCAACGUCUGUUGCUAGAGCACAAGGGUUCAACAAGGUUGCUGUCAAUGGAUUCUUCGAUAUUUUGGAAGACAUUUUCGACAACACUAGGUUCCCUCCGAGCAGGAUAUAUAACAUUGACGAAACGUCGAUUCUAACCGUUCAAACAAAAACGUCCAAAGUUAUCUCCCUAAAAGGAAAGCGUCAGGUUGGAUGUAUUGCUUCGGCAGAUAGAGGAGUCCUAUCUACGGCUUGCAUAUGCAUGUCUGCAGCAGGACACUUCAUACCACCGAUGCUUAUUUUUCCUAGAGUACGACUGACGGUCCAAUUGAAAAAGGGAGCACCACCGGAAACACUAUUCAGCUGUAAUACUACGGGCUGGAUAACCAUUGACGAUUUUUCUGCGUGGUUUGAUCACUUUUUGGCCCAUACAAGACCUACAGCAGAAAGUCCAGUGAUACUGCUACUGGAUGGACAUGCAUCCCACACAAAGAACUUGGAGUUCCCGGAUAAAGCCAAGCGUUCACAUGUAACGGUGGUUUCCAUGCCUCCCCACUGUAGCCACAGGCUUCAACCACUUGACGUCAGCUUCAUGGGACCUCUUAAAACUAAUAUGUCUCAAGUAAUUGAGAAGUAUUUAAAAAUGAAUCCAGGAAAGGUCAUCACACUGAAUGAAAUUAGUGCACUGUUUGGAAAAGCUUACCUUCGCUCAACAUCAGCUUCUGUUGCAGUGAACGGAUUCAACAAAACCGGCAUCGCACCUUUCAACAGAGCAGUGUUUACGGACGAUGACUUCGCACCAGCUGAUGUGUCGGAUAUACCGUUGACAUCGAACGGUGGAUCUUCGAGUAAUGAGACCACUACGGAGGAUAAAAACCGACAACAGUUUCAGGGUGUUAAUGAUGGCCUCGCAACAAUUGAUCUAACGAAAACACUCCCAAACACUGUUGAAGGUUCCCAGUGUGACGUCCAUUCCGACGACGAAGAUGGGCCAUUUCUAGGAUUCGAUGACGUUGACAUCACUGCCAAGAAAAUUACGGGGAUUCCAACAAAGCGUUCGACACAGCUGAACAAGUCAUUUUCCGUAGGACCAACAGCAAUACGUCCAUUUCCCAAAAUGGAAUUGAAGGAACGAAAGAGUGGUAGGAAGAAGGAAAAAUCUAAAAAACUGACAUCCAGCCCAUACCGAAAUGCUCUAAGAUCACUGCAAGCUGCUAAGGAAAUAAUGCAACUGAAGGUAUCAGAAAGAGGUUCAAAAAGGCGUCCUUAUGGCGCACCUAAGCCAAGACGUCAACAAAAAGAAAACCGAAUUGUACAAGAUGUACUAUGUGAAACUUGCGGUAUCUGCUUCAGUUCGUCAGGAAAUGGACGUGAUUGGGAAAAGUGUAGCAAAUGCCACAUUUGGUUUCACAAACUUUGCGCAGAGUAUGACUUGCCGUAAGUGAGUGCUUUGAAUUCGUUAUUCGUUCUAUGCGAGAGCGAAAAUGUUGUUUGUUUUUUUUUUCAUUCAAACGUAUGAAUUAUUUUACCUUUAAAUCCUAAAAGGUUACUUAAAUAAAAGGAUUUGAUUUAUUUGUAAACGAUGUUUUAAUUUUAUCAUAAAAAUGUAUAAGAAAAUCGCAUAAAAAAUAAAAAUAAAAACUGCUCAUAUUACCCCGACAGGGUGCUCAUAUUACCCCGUCAGCACCUGAACACGCAAGAAAAUCUACAUUUUUUAUAAGUGUAAUAUAUAACUCAUUUAAAACUUUAUUCGAUACUAGUUAACCAGAAAUGAGCUCUUACAUUGUAAAUCAUUGAUUUCUUUGAAAAAAACAAUGUAAUUCAUUAUCACGUACGUCGUACGACAUUAUUUUCUUAAGGUGGCCAAACUGCCCCACUUUCCCCUAUUUUAUACUUGCUCCUGUGGGAAAUACAUACCUUGUACAGUUUUAAA